CUUUCUAGACUUGGUGGUACCCCAGACAGCUAGACUGCCGCGGUCGCCCAUGGUAAUAUCUCGUCAUCGUCAGUAAACCGUUGCCCGUUGUCGCACUUCCGUACCAAUAAUCCUCCACCCGACAUAAUAUUGUUGGCCUUCCCAAUCCUCCCACAUUCAUCCGCAAGAACCUUCACCUCGCUCUCGUUCCAACAUCACCUCGCUCUCUACCUACGAUUCUUUUUCAAUAUUCUAUUGUUACUUCGCACAACACUCUAACUUAAUGGUCUCACCAUCUCGUUAAGAUCCAUCAAAACAUCUCCCGUCAGCGCCCUGCCACCCAUUGCCUAACGCUUUCCCCCCUACACAAGCCCCACUAUGGUCGUAAUUGACCAGCACGAGUACCUCUGCGAAGAGGAGAAGCGUCUCAAGGAGGAUAAGGAGCGCAAGAAAUACUGGAAGAAGUGGGGUCCCUACGUCGCCGAGAGACAAUGGGCGACAGUCAGAGAGGAUUACUCUGAGGAUGGAGAUGCUUGGAGCCACUUCUCUCACGAACAUGCUCGUUCCCGAGCCUUUCGCUGGGGCGAAGAUGGCAUUGCAGGUGUUUCGGAUACCCACGGUCUGCAGAACGUGGCCUUUGCAUUCUGGAAUGAGAAAGAUGAUUUUCUCAAAGAGCGUCUUUUCGGAUUGUCCAAUCCAGAAGGUAAUCAUGGCGAGAGCGUGAAAGAAGCUCACUUCCACCUGGACAACACCCCUACUCACUCCUAUAUGAAAUUUCUCUACAAGUACCCGCAGAAAAAAUUUCCCUAUGAAAAGUUGGUUGAAGAGAAUGCAAAGCGUGGGAGAGACGAGAAGGAGUACAGCCUGAUUGACACGGGCAUAUUUGAUGAUGAUCGCUAUUGGGAUAUCUUUAUUGAGACUGCCAAAGAAAGUGACUCUGAGGAAGAACUCUUGUUCCGUGUUACUGCGUACAAUCGUGGCCCGGAACCAGCUCCUCUCCACAUUAUUCCACACGUCUGGUUUCGGAAUUCGUGGUCGUGGGGCCGCAACACGGAUGCUAAGAAGCCAUCCAUUAGACAGGUUGGCCCUACUACAGCGCAGACGAAGCAUCCGAAGCUCGGAGAUAGAUUCUUCCAGCUCUCGCCUUCGCCCGGCAUAGGUCACAGCGGUCAGGAUGUGCAGCCGCAGAUGAUCUUCACUGAGAACGAGACCAAUUUUAAGAAGCUCUACAACGGCAAGAAUCCUCAACCCUACGUCAAGGAUGCGUUUCAUCGCUACAUUGUAGACGAAGAGAAGGGCGCCGUCAAUCCGAGUUGCCGCGGUACAAAGAGUGCUGCCUGGUACGCGUUUGACGAAGAUGAUGGAGUGCCUCCGGGCGAAUGCGCCGUGGUCCGGUUCCGUCUUUCAAAGCGAUAUGACGGCUACUUGGACGAGGAGCUCUUUGAUGACAUUAUCGAACAGAAGCGUAACGAGGCGGAUGAAUUUUACUACCGCGUCAGCCCCUUGCCCAUGGCCGAGGAUCUGAGGAACAUUCAGCGACAAGCGUUCUCAGGUAUGCUGUGGUGUAAGCAGUACUAUCAUUUCGUCUGGGAUGAAUGGGCAAAUGGUGACCCGGCUAUGCCGCCGCCGCCUCCCGGACGAAAGGCAAUUCGGAACCAGCAGUGGAAACACAUGUAUCUGGACGACAUCCUCUCGAUGCCAGACUCUUGGGAGUAUCCGUUCUUUGCUGCGUGGGACACUGCUUUCCACUGCAUUCCCUUGGCAAUGAUUGACCCGGAGUUUGCCAAGAAGCAGCUUGACGUUCUGACCAGGGAGUGGUAUAUGCACCCAAAUGGUCAGCUGCCCGCGUAUGAAUGGAAUUUUGGUGAUGUCAACCCGCCAGUGCACGCCUGGGCUGUGUUCCGGACGUUUAAGAUUGAGAGAAAAAUGUACGGGCGGGAAGACCUCGACUUUUUGGAGCGUGUAUUCCAAAAGUUGUUGCUGAACUUCACCUGGUGGGUAAACCGGAAAGAUUUUGAUGGCAAGAAUGUGUUUGAGGGUGGAUUUUUGGGUUUGGACAAUAUUGGUCUCUUCAAUCGUUCGGAGCCUCUGCCUACUGGAGGUGUGCUUGAGCAGGCUGACAGUACUGGCUGGAUGGCCUUUUACUCUCUCUCCAUGCUGAAUAUUGCGCUGGAGCUUGCCAAACACCGGCGAACUUACGAAGACAUCGCUUCCAAGUUCUUUGAACAUUUUGUCCUCAUCAGCGAUGCCAUGAGUUUUAGAGCUGGUGGGGAGGAAAAGUCGCUAUGGAAUGAUGAAGAUGGUUUCUACUACGACGCCAUUUCAUGGGGCGGCCCCUGGACACAGCAGCUCCCCGUGAGAUCACUUGUCGGAUUGAUUCCGUUGUACGCUGUGUUGACGCUUGAACCGGAACUCAUUAACAAAUUUCCUUCGUUCAAGCGACGGCUCAAUUGGUUCAUUGAGAAUCGUCACGAUGUCGCCGAGCGUAACAUUGCCAGCAUGCGGCGACGCGGCAAGGACGAACGUUUGCUGUUGUCGCUUGUAAGCAAGGAGCGUCUUGAGAAGAUUCUCAAACGCAUGCUCGACGAAACAGAGUUUCUUGCGAGCCAUGGUGUUCGGUCUCUAUCCAAAUACCACAAAGACCAUCCUUAUUCUAUGGAGGUCAACGGGCAGGAAUUCAAGGUUGGUUAUGUGCCCGGCGACUCAGACAGCGGCCUCUUUGGCGGAAACAGCAACUGGCGAGGCCCCAUCUGGAUUGCUGUCAACUUUUUGCUCGUCGAAUCACUUCUCCGCUUCUACAUGUUCUACGGCGACAGUCUGCAGAUUGAGUGUCCCACCGGUUCUGGCGAGUACAUGCACCUUGGGCAUGUAGCUGAGGAAAUCCAGCACCGCCUGCAGCAUCUCUUUGUUCGUGGUGACGAUGGCCGACGUGCGGUCAACGACGGAAAUGACAUGCUCGAUUAUGAUCCUCAUUGGAAGGACUAUCUCUGGUUCUACGAGUUCUUUGACGCCGACACUGGACGCGGUCUUGGCGCAAGCCAUCAGUGUGGUUGGACAGGUCUCAUCGCUAAACUGAUUCAUGACACUGGUAUCAAUUGUCGUCUUCCUCAGACUCCUCGCACGCCCUCGAGCGCUGCAGCCCAUUACUUUGAUGACGUCUUCCACCGGCCAUCUAGACGGCGCCCGUCGAGCGGGAAACCGGCAUAUAUCCGACGUUCGUCUACCUCACGGUCCAUUGGCAACCGAAGCGACUGGAACUCCGCCGUCAAUGGCGACGAGACUCCGUCUGCCAUUUCCCGUUCGAACUCCAUUGCGCCCACAGAAGACGAAGAGCAGACUCGUCGUCGUGCUGAAGCGGACCAGCAUGUCGCCAACUAUGUGUCCAACCAGCUCGAACGGGUCAAAAGUAAUGAAGUAUCGAGCGCGUUUGAAGAUGAAUUUGAAGCCCAGCUUGAUGGGGAGUAAUUUGAUGUGCCGAUGAAUGAUGAAUCAUCACACCGUCAAGCUGUCGUCGGUAGCCCAGCGAGAGCGAAGUUGGGGAUGAAAGUAAUGAUUACACUUUCGAAGGAAUUGUAAAGUGGCUUUUUAUAUCUUAUUAUUAUUAUAGACCUAGAGCAGUUCACUUGUCGUAAUACCGUUGUCCGUAUUAUAUUCAUAUCAAUUAAUUUUAUAUUCCUC